AUGAAGGUCUUUAAUGCCAUCUUGAUCCUUUAUACUCUCCUUCCCUCCCUCGCCAUCGCGCAAUCACCCAUAGAUGCCGCUCUCGCUCAGUUCCAGCAACUAAACGACCGGAUCGACAGCGCGCAGCGGUCCAUCAACGCCUACAACGGCGGUGUUUUGCUUGCUCUCCCCGUUGCGAACAGCCUCUACAGCGCACACACCGCUGCAACAACAGCGCGUCAGUCCCUUACAGCACUAGAUCCCCUUUCUCCAGAGGAUAGCCAGCGUGCGCUGGACGCAUACAACGAGGUUCAUCCGCGGUUACUUGCAACUCUCGCGGCCGGACGCGAUAAGGCACAAGUCUUCAGAGACGCAGGCGUUGGAUACGUUGCGCAAGGAAUGAUUAGUAACCUUUACAACGAGAAGAACCGGUUCGAAGCUGCACUCAGGGACAAGAUUUAUCCGGGAUACUUCCAGAAUGAUCUGGCUGAGGCGGUUGAUCAUGCCUUUCAGGGUACUUUGGCACAGUUCUACUAG